CAGAAAAUCACUGGAUUCUCCCCUCUUCUUUCCAUAAAGGCUUACACAGCUAAAGAUAUUACUGUGAAAAGAAAAAAAGCAUGCUGCUUUUCCUACCACUUAGCAUUUUUUUGUCCUUCAGGAUAUUGUCUGCCAUUUUCAAUUUUCAGAGUCUGUUGACUGUAAUCUUGCUGCUUAUAUGUACCUGUGCUUACAUCCGAUCCUUGGCACCCAGCCUCCUGGACAGAAAUAAAACUGGAUUGUUGGGUAUAUUUUGGAAGUGUGCCAGAAUUGGUGAGCGGAAGAGUCCUUAUGUUGCAGUGUGCUGUGUAGUGAUGGCCUUCAGCAUCCUCUUCAUGCAGUAGCUUAGAAGAAUGCCUGAAUUUAAUUCCCAAUGGAUUUCAACAUAAAAGGGGGACUUAUCUGCAGAAAAUAGUGGAAAGAGUGGUUAACUUUAUCUCUGAACAUUGAAUGAGAUAAAUUUCCAGCUGCUGUCUUAUUAUUGGACCAAUGAUCUGUGUAAUUAGGGUGUAACCAUUUAGUACUCAGCGUUUAUAACAGUCAAUCUCAGUACUGUCACUACAGUAUUACAUUCUGCAAUUGUCAUUUUGUUGUGUCCAAUACCAGUUUUUAAUGAGGUAUCUCUAAGGCGCAUAGUAGGAAAAGUUGGUAAAUUAUUCAAGUCCCUUUCACUGUGAUUUGGAAGUGAUGUAUCAAUAGAAUGAGAUCGUGUAUUGGACUAGUUUUUUUUUUAUUAUUGGGGGAAAAAGAUUCAGUUUUUGUUGGUAAAGAUUACAUUCAUGUUUAAUAGUACUUGCUUUACCUCUGGCCAUACCAUUUUGAGCAUUAACCAGAGUACCUCUACUCUUAAGCUCUGUAGUUUACUGCAAAUUUUUGAACUAUUUAAAACAAGACUGUGCAGUUGUAAGGAGGAAAGUAAGUGAGAUGAGUAGUACUGGGAAAAUGUUCCUAUUUAACUUACAAAGGGUUUAGAGGAGCUGACUGGUAUGUAACCCCUGUAGCCUCUCUGGCUGAGUGUGGAUACAUGUCUUAUGCAUCAGUUCAACCAGCUAACUGUCAUCAUUCUCUAAAUAAAUUACAUUCAUGAAAUGAAAAGAGCAGAACAGAACAAUUACAAAAUGUUAAUCCUGUGUGUUUUUUUCAUAUUUUAAUUACCCUAAAAUGCAAACUGUAUUUUUGUUGUUUUUAAAUACAGCACUUUGAGUCUAAUGUAUGUUUUGUCUGUCAACUUGAACUGGAAUCUCUUAUGUAACUUAGUAGGUGGUGAUUGAUGGAGUUUUCAGAUCUGUCGAUCCACGCAUGAUGGCAAAGUGUCUUUGAGCUUUGAUAGUAAAGGAGGACCUUCAGUGAGUGAGGCAAAGGAGCACACGGAGUGUGACCCAAGUUUCACUGUAGAGCUGUUUGUAAGUUCAUGGUUCACAUUUCGUGAGAGUCAACCAAAAUUAAAUGAAAAUUUCAAAGUGAAGAAGAAUUUAAAUAUAGCUAAAAAAUGCCCUUACCACAGGGUCUGGCAGAAAUAACACCUGCUUGAGUGUGGUUGGUAGGGUAAUAAUAUGGGUGUAAUAAUUUAUAGUUUUAAUUUGAACAUUUAAAAUGUCAUAUGGUGUGAUAUCAAUAUGUUACAGAAUUAUAUGCCUAUGAUUUUAUAAUAAAAAGGGUAUUAUU